GGCAUCGAGGUUUGAAGAGGGAAGUUUGCAGAGCGCAGUUGUUCCCCAUCCAGUGUGGUGCAGUGUUUGCAAAUACCUUGAACGAGAGCGAGAGAAGAAGGAAAGGGGGGGAUUGACUGGCUGACUGACGCGCGGAGUCUUCUUCUGCUGCUGCUGCUGAGUACAAGUCGUUUGCAUCGCGGAGGGAUCGCUGCUGUGUCUUUCACUGGGUUUUCUACCUGAGAAAAAUAUAUUUAAGUGCAGCUAAAACAAAUUUAAAUAAUAAAAAAAUCACAAGCUCGGGGAAAAAUGGAUGUUCUACCCAUGUGCAGCAUCUUUCAAGAACUUCAAAUAGUUCACGACACGGGCUAUUUCUCAGCCUUACCGUCACUGGAGGAGUACUGGCAGCAGACAUGCUUGGAGCUGGAGCGCUACCUGCAGAGCGAGCCUUACGUCUCCACAUCCGACCUCAAGUUCGACAGCCAAGAGGACCUCUGGAGCAAGCUGAUCUUGGCCUGCGGGGAUAAGGCCAAGGCCGAGUCUGACCCAAAGGCCCACGAGGAGGACAAUCAGGACAGCCAAAUCUUGGAAACCAACAGUGUGAAUUCAGACGCCAGCAGCGAGGCUUCAGACAGUUCUGAGGAGCUCUCGCCCACUCACAGCUUUACCUCCAACCCUCUGGGCUCUGUCUUGGUUGGCUCUGGACCUUUUAGCCCCUCUGUCAUUAGCACACCUCCAUCCUCUCCCGAGGCCAACUCGGAGGCCAGCGGCGCGAUGAGCAGCUGGGUGAGCACGCACGCCGAGUUGCACUUGCCGGUCAAAAUCAGGAGCGGCGGCGUGGCAAAGAGCUCGGAAAAGACGGGACUUGCCUGCGGAGACGCAUCUCCGGACGGCAGGAGGCGUGUGCACAGGUGCCAUUUCAAUGGGUGUCGCAAGGUUUACACAAAGAGCUCCCACCUAAAAGCACACCAGCGCACACACACAGGUGAGAAACCAUACAGGUGUUCUUGGGAGGGCUGCGAGUGGCGUUUUGCACGAAGCGACGAGCUGACCAGACACUUCAGGAAGCACACCGGGGCAAAGCCAUUUAAAUGCAGUCACUGUGACAGAUGUUUCUCCAGGUCUGACCAUCUGGCUCUUCACAUGAAGAGGCACAUCUAGAGCGGGGUGAGCGCCGAGCGACGCCACAAAGUGGGGGGGAAAAAAAGUUUUGAAAAGGGGAGAGGAAGGAAAAAAAAAUGUAAACAAACGCCGCCUCCCGACCAGUCUCUUGGUUGAACUGUCCCAGAGCAGGGUGGCGGGAGAGUGUUCCAGCCAAAGCAUGCCGUUUUGCACCAUACUGAAACCCAGUGCCUCCGGGACCUCUCUUCGGAGAAAGGCGCUCUGAAGGUCGUCUGUUGCAACAAGAGGACAAAAUCAUGGAUGGGCAAGUUUUUUUUUUUGUCGGUUUUUUCUUUUUGUUUUUUUUUUUGGAUUGA